CAUCUUCAGGGAGGGUGGCAGCAGCUCAGGUCCCUCCUGUGUUGACUUUCAGCAGACGAGUUGGUGGGAGGAGAAGAAGAGGAGAUGCCAACCUUCAGCUACCGAGCGAGUGGUCGGGCAAGGACCAGCUGCAGCAGGUGCCAGAAGAACCUCUCCCUCCAGACGGCCGUCAAAGUUCUCUACAUCUUCUCCAUCCUCCUCAUCGUGGCUGUGACCGUGCUGGCUGCCUUGGUGUUCAAGAAAGUCGAGUCCAUCUCCAACGACAUCAGCUCAGCUCAGACCUAUUAUGAGAAGAAGAUGGUGUCCAUCCAGGAGGAUCUCCAGGGGUUGGAUGAGAAGACCUCAGGGAACUGCUCCCUGUGCCACGAGACGGGACAACUGGGCCAGGAGAUCACCAAGCUGCAGGGUGAGCUGGAGGAGAUCCAGAAGAUGCUUUUGGUUCAAGAAGUCCUACUCGACCGGACCUCACAGACCCAUGACCUCCUCUCAUCUACCAGCAACAAGAUCACCAACGAGGUGGACAACUGCUCCUUCUCCAUCCGGCAGGUCAAUGAAACCAUGAGGCAGCUCUUGACCCAAGUUGGGAGCUGGCAAGUGGUGACCUCCCAACUGGACAGUUCUCUGAAGGGUUUGGCCCAGGAACGUUACGAUGUCCGAGCAGCCAUGCAGCAGAUGAACUUCACCUUGGGGCAAACAUCUGACUGGAUCCAGGUCAUCCAGAGGAAGACGGAUGAGGAGACGUUGACGUUGCAGAAGAUUGUCACCGAGUGGCAGAACUACACCCGCCUCUUUGGUGGCCUGAGAGCCACCUCUUCUAAGACCAGCGAGUUGGUGAAGAACAUCCAAGGUAACGUUGGUGCAGCUGCUCGACAGGUUGGUCAAAACUCAGAGAACAUGCACGACCUGGUGCUACAGGUGAUGGGGUUACAACUACAACUGGACAACAUCUCCUCCUUCUUGGAUGACCACGAGGAGAACAUGAAUGACUUACGUUACCACACCAGGUACACCCAGAACCGGACGGCUGAACGUUUCCAGACCUUAGAAGGUCGUAUGACCUCCCAUGAGAUUGAGAUCAACACCAUCUUCACCAACAUCAACGCUACCGACAGCCACGUCCACAGCAUGCUGCGCUACCUGGAUGAUGUCAGGCUCUCCUGCACCUUGGGCUUCCACACCCACGCUGAGGAGCUCUACUACUUGAACAAGUCCCUCAACUUGGUCCAAGGUACCACGGAUCUACUGAGGGAACGUUACAGUCUGCUCAGCUCUCGGUUGGACUUUGACAUCAGGAACUUAUCCAUGAUCAUGGAAGAGAUGAAAGUGGUGGACACCCGGCAUGGGGAGAUGCUGAAGAACAUCACCAUCUUAAGAG